AUGAUCCAAAACAUUACUUACAAAAAUAUUUACUCUAAUACUGGAGGUCUUAUAAAUAUAAAAGGAGAUUCAAAUGUAACUAUGACAGGUAUGAUUGCAGAGCAAUGCAUUUCGAGAGGGAAUGGAACUAUGAUAUAUGCAUCUGACCAAGAUGGUAAAAUAAUACUGCAAUUGAAUGGAGUUAUAAACAUUACUACAGUAAAAUCUUAAACUGGAUUUGGAGGAGUGUUCUAUGUUAAUGGAUAAAAUAUUUAUCUAUCGAGUAAUGCUUUAAUAUCGGCUUAAAAUCUUUCAGCUUAGGAUGGUAGCUUUAUUUACUCAGAAAACUCCUAAUUCAUAGAAGUUAGAAACGCUUUAAUUCAAAAUAUUACCAAUGGAUAGGUAUUUUUCUCUAAAGGAUAAGGUGCUAUUUUACUCUCAAAUAAUACUUUUGAGUGUAUGAGCAAAAAAUUUGAAGAUAAAUAUGUUUAGCUUGCUUAUAUGCAAACAAAUCCUGUAAUUUCCAAUUUCUUCUAGCCAACUCAAAAGUCUCCAUUAAUCAUUAUAAAUUCUAGGAAUGUCAUGUCUAGUGGGAAUAAAAUAAGGUAGUGCUAUUAGUCAUCUAAAGGAGGAGCUAUCUAUCUUGAAAAUACUACUUUUAAUGAUUCUAUGGGAUCUAAUUUUAGUUUUAAUUCUGCACUCGAAGGAGGAGUGAUAUAUUGCAAAUAUUGCAAAUUGUAAUUAAAUGAGACAAUAUUCUAGAGUAAUUUUGCUAACUUAGGAGGGUCAAUAUAUCUUUACCAGAUCUCUUAGCUGAUAGCCUACAGGAUUUAAGUUAGAAAUUCUACUGCUUACUAACUAGGUGGCUUCAUUUAUUAAAACUCUACUGAUACUAGUAUUUAAAAGAUCCUAACUGAUGAUGACUAUGACAAGGAUAGUAAUAGCAUUAAUUUCACAUAUUCUUACCCUUUCAUUAGAAUUCUUGAUAGAUCUAAUAUAAGAUAUACAUACGCACUCUAGCAGGGAGGGUCUUAUUAUAUUCAAGCUAAUAACUCCGAGUUUUAUAUAGAGGGAAUGGUUAAUUAAAGUGAUUCCUUGGCUAUAAAUUAUGGAAGCUAGGGAGGAAUUAUUAGAAUAGUUUAGGCAGAUAAGUUAUUCAUCUCAGAUUCAUUUUUCUAUCUUUAUAAUUCAACUAAUGGAAGUGUCGUUGCCUCACAAUGUUCAAGACUAAGUGUUUUUAUAAGAAAUAGCUUUUUCGAUCAGAAUAGAAAAUUCUUUUUCCUUCUUUCUGUAGAUUUGUAUUUUGGAGAUUUUACUACAGGAGCUAUAUCGAUAGAAUUUAGCAGGAAAUUUGUGACCAGAAACAAUACGUAUUAAAAUCAUUUUUUCCCAAGAAACGGAGGUGUAAUUUUUUCUAAUAUGAACUCUUUUUCUGAUUUCAACUCAACUUAUCUGAAUAAUUACGCUGUUCAUGGUGGAGUUUUUAGAUUAAUUAGUGUAAUUAGUGCAAGUGUAAAAAAUGCGACUUUUCGACAUAAUAGGUGCUCCGGAUUUGGAGGAAUUUUCUACUUGGUAAAUGUAACUGAUGAAUUUGAGGUUGAAUAUGCUAACAUCUAUAAUACAUCAGCUAAUGUUGGAGGAGUUAUUGUCUUAAACUAACCAUAUGUUCCAUUCGUAUCACGCAAAAAUUCAUAAAUUAGAAUGAGUAAUACUAAUGUAACUUUAGUUUACGGAUUCAAUGGUGCCUUUGGUUAAUUUGAUGGGUAUAACACUACAAUUAUUAUAGAAAAGUCGUAUUUCAAUAUGACUCUUGGUGGGUAGUUCAAUUCCUUUAAAAUAGACAGAGCAGCAACUUUUAUUAUCAAUGAUCUUACUGUCUAUAAUAUAUUUGCUUCAGUUGAUUCAGGUUUUGUGUAUGCUAGCAAUAUCACUGAAGUUUUAUUGGUUAAUAACAGCAGAAUAAAUUGCAGAGAACCAUAUUUUAGAAGAUUCAAAUAAAAUUCUCCUAGCUUGCCAGGAUCAUCUUCUAAUGUCUUUGAUUGGACAAAAUAGGUAGUCUUAACUAAGAUUAUUACUCUACUUUCAGUUUAAUAAGCCAUUUUCUCUUACAAUAAGAUCAGUGGUUGUGAUCUAUAGAGUACUACCGAUGCUGCAGUUAUCUCAGCUAGAGAAUUUACUUAAACAAUAAUCGAUUUCUCUUCAAUUUAUGAAGAUAUUAACUCCAUUCAAAAUGGAAUACACUAUCUUAAUAAUACCAAAAUAUAUAUGUCAAAUGCUACAUUCACAAAUUUGAGCAUUAAUACGGGAGUAAUUUCUACUAUAUUAACAAAUAUACACAUUAUAAAUUCAACUCUUAAAAAUAGCGUUAUGAAAGAAGGUGGUUUCCUUUAUUAUUAAAAAUUUACUUAUCUACUUUCAAAAACAAGGAUGCAUUCUUCUAUUACUAAUUCAACUUUCCAAAAUAUAACAGUAGCUGAUAGAGGUGGAUUGAUUUUUUCUGAUAAUUAUGCUUUGAGAACUAUCAAGUUGUAAUCACUAGACAUAAGCUAAAUCAGAUCUGGUGGUACGGGAGGAAUAAUUCACUUAGAAUAAUUCAAUGGAACAUUCAAAGCAGGUCAAAGAAAAAAUUAUAGAUAUUUUUAAGCUGUUGAUUUCUACUCAGUUAAAGGAGGAUAAUUCCUUUACAGUUCAACUUCUCCAAAUUUGUUCAUUUUUAACAAUACGCUAAUUUAAUGCUUAGCAGAAGGAGUUUCACCUAUCAAGAGAAAUUUAACAAAUUCAGAUUAAAUUGGAGUAAUCUUUAUAGCAGAUUCAGUAUUUGGGAUUUAAAGCUAAAAUGCAACAAUCACUAGAUGUCUCCUAUCUUAUUAAGGACCUUCAAUAAAUUUAAUAAAUACAACCUACACUGAUUACGGAUCAAUCUUUAAGUACAAUAACGCAAGUUUUGGGUCAGCAAUUAAAUGUAAUGGCUGUAAUAUCACAAUGAAAAACAGCAUAUUUCAAGAUAGCAUUAGCAAUUUCGGAUAAAUUCUUUUAGAUAACCAAAUAAAUGCUUUAUUUGAAAAUAUAACAGCAAAAAAUUGUACUUCUUAAGAUGGUGGAAUAUUUUAUAUUUCUAAAUCAACUCAAACUGAUGGAAAAUAUUCUUAUGUUGUCAUAAAAAAUUCGAAGAACAUAUUUGAUAACAUCGCAAGAAUCAAUGGAGGAUUCAUAUUUGCUGAUAACAUUAAUCUUAAAAUGAGUUUAGAGAACAUCAGAGUAGUUAGAUAAAAAGCAUUAGCUGAGGGAGGCCUACUAAUAGUUAAGAAUGCACAAGAGAUUAAUAUAUCGAAUUCUGUAUUUUAGGAUAUUUUAUCUGCUCAAGGUGCAAUCAUUUCAUCUGAAUCAUCGGCAGUUAUUUUCUCUAUUAAAUCAAGUCAAUUUACUUGUGAUUCUACAUUAACAGAUUCAGAUGCGAUUUCAAAAUUUAACAUAUCAUCUCCAGAGAUUUUAACACAAGGGUACUUUUUUAUGUAAAAUGCGAAAAACAUAACUAUUGACCGAAGUACCUUUAGUAAAUGCACUAAUUCAUUAUAAGGAUUAUUCUAGCUAUAAAAAACAAGUUUAUACGAUUACAGGUCAAUAUUUUAACAGAACUCAGGCGCCUAUGGAAGUAUAUUAAAUAGUCAAGAAAGCCAAAGUACAUUUUAAUUUUCUCAGAUUUCGAACAAUAUGGCUAAUGUUGGAGGAGUAUUUUAUGUGGUCUAAUAUUCAAAUGUCUCACUUUAAAACUGUAAAAUUCAAUAGAAUUAUGCUAAGACAUCAGCUGGUGUUUUGUAUCUAUCAACUCUCUCAAAUAUUUAAAUAAGAGCAUCUGAUAUAUCUUAGAAUAAUGCUCCAGAAAAUUCUGUUCUAGAAAUACUGAAUUCAAAUACAAACUUGAAUGUCACCAUAAUAAAUUCCUUUAUUAAUGAUAAUUUCGCUCUCAGAAAUACAAUUUCAUUGACACAGACUAAUAUUUACAUUGAGAAAACUCAAUUCAAAAAUAAUAUUGCUUUCUAAAGAUCAAAGAAUAUUAUUUGCGCUUUUUCAAAUAUAACUAUCAAAGAUUCUAGCUUCGAGGAUGAUAAAUAGUUCAAUAAUAGUAUGAUGAAUUAAGAGAUAACAGGAGCAUUCAUUUUCUUGAUAUUCGAUGUAGUUAUUGAAAUAUAGAAUACUAAAUUUAAAGGAGGAUCAGCAAAUUUAGGAGGUGCGAUGUACAUAUCUGGUGAUAGUACUGUUAGGAUAUUCCAGUCAGAGUUCUUAGAUAACUACUCAAAAAGAAAAGGAGGUGCUUUAUAUGCCUCAACCUUUAAAAGUAUUUACAUCGGAUAAUCUACUAAUUUCAAGAAUAAUUUAGCAUCAGGCAAUGGAGAUGAUGUGUUCGUGACAAAUAGCUACAAUCUUAUCACUUUUGACAGUGUCAAUAUAGAUAAUCCUUAUGCUUAAUCGUCCAUUUAUAUUCAGCAAGCCCAGAUUUACACUAAUAACUUGGUUAUUCAAAAUAUUAAUAAGAAUUAACUAUCUCAAAAUGGGGCAGGGAUAAAUUGCCAAGAGUGCUAUUCAGUGCUGAUUUAAAAUUCGAUAUUUAAAAAUCUAAAUAGUUCCUCUGGAGGUGCAAUUUACUUGGUUGAAUCAGAAUUUAACAAGGAUAGCAAUAGUAUUAUGAGCAAGCAAAAAUAUCAAAUCAUAAACUCAACCUUUGAAUCCUGUUUUGCCUAAAUAGGGGGUGCCAUUUAUGCUUUAAAUACUGAGUCGCUUAUUAUAUCUGGUUCUAAUUUUCUAUAUAACAGGGCAGAAUAAUUCAAAACCUCUAUUUAUCAGCUUGACUUAGCUGGUUCAGGUGGAGCAAUAUAUAUGACUUGCAAUAGCUAAGAAUUAAAUUGCCUUUUUAAAUUUCAAGGUAAUAACAAGUUUACUAGAAAUUCAGCUAUAAUUAGGGGAGGAGCAAUUUAUUGGGAUGAAUUAGAGCCAGAAUACUUUAUUGAAAAUAUGAUAUUCUCUGAAAAUUAGGCUACUCAAUAUGGAGAUAAUAUUGCUUGUUUUUCUUAAAAGCUAGGAGUUAUUGAUAGAGACUUAUAUAAGAAAUAAAUGUUAAAGUUAGGAUUGGUAUCUUUAGAUGAUUUUGAUUUCAGGCUUUUGAACACAAUAUCCGAUAAUAAUAAUGCUUCAAUUAGUUAUGACUAUUCUCUUAAUUCAUAGAGAAGUGGAGGAGAAGUUCCUGUCUUAUAUAUGGCAUUAAUUGAUAAGUAUGGUCAAAUAGUAGGAUCUGAUUUCAAAAGUAAAGUUAGAAUUCAAAUUCAAACAGAAGGACUUGAUGCAAAUGCAAGUAAAUACAGUCCAAUUAUUGAAGGUAGUACUGAUUUCAUAGCAACUGGAGGAAUUGCUGUGAUUCAAGAUAUAAAUAUAGUAGGCACACCAGGUAGUAGUUAUUAAAUGAUAGUUACCACUGAUGGUAUCGAUUUAAAUAAGAAGGCCAAUAAGGAAUAGCUCGCAAAAACUAAUAAGAAUUAAAUUGACUUAGAUAUUGUUAUAGACCUAAGAGAUUGCUUAAUAGGAGAAUAAUUUACAAAUGCUGGAAAGUGUGUUUAGUGCCAAGAUGGAUAUUCAUUAGCUUAAUAGUAUGAGCCAGGUGUUUGUACUUAGUGUCCUUCACAGAGAGCAGUUUGUCUAGGGGGUGCAAGCAUUGGGCCAUAACCAGGAUACUGGAGAAAAAAUAAUAAAUCUGAAACAUUCAUAACCUGUUUAUAUCAAUAUGCUUGUUUAGGAAUGAUUGCACCAAAUUAUAAUCCGAUUGGAGAGUGCAGUUUUGGGUACUAAGGAAUACUAUGUGCAGACUGUUAGGUUGGCUUCUCUAGAUCUAAUGAUUAUGAAUGUGCCUUAUGUCCUCCAAGAUCACUUAAUAUAUUCAGGCUCUCUGUUAUAUUCAUUGGAUUUUUGUCUCUUAUUGUAUUCAUGGUUAGAUCAACAUUAAAUGGUGCCAGUGACAAAACCAACUCCACAAGCAUAUACACUAAAAUAUUGCUAAAUCACUUCUAGCUAUUAAUGGUUGUUGCUUCAUUUGAUUUUGAGUGGUCAUAGUAGAUUGUUGAGUUUUUCAGUACAACCAAGCAGAUUGCAACCAUUUCGACGCAAAUUUUUAGUUUUGAUUGCUUCCUAGAUGAUAGAAACGAAAAUAAAGGAUAGGAAGUAAAGUAAAAUCAAUCUCAAGCAAUCUGGAAUAAAGCAAUGUCAAGUAUAGUUAUUUUAUUAUUCUUGGCUCAUCCUAGCAUUGUGUAAUAUUCGUUCAGUAAUUUCAAAUGCAAAAACAUUGAAGGAGAUAAUAGAGUAUUAGAAGAUUUAGAAAUCAUUUGUUGGGAACAAGAGCAUCUAUUUUUCACGAAUUUCUUUUCAAUUCCUGCAGUCAUUGUAUGGGGAGCAGGCAUACCUCUGUUCGCCUAUUUAAUUCUUUUAAAAGAUCGAUUUAAGCUUGAAAAUUUAGACGUGAGAUAAAAGUACGGUUUCCUUUACAGAGGUUAUAGGACAAAAUAUUUUUACUGGGAAAUAGUCAUCAUGUAUAGGAAGAUAAUUAUUAUUAUUAUUGCUGUCUUUAAAAAGCCUUUUAUCCAGAAAUCUUUAAACAAUCUAGAAACUCUAUCAUUAAUAACAUCAAUGGUUACUGUAUACUGCGGGGUCUUCUUCAUAAUAAAUAAACCAUAAAAGUGGAUAAAUCAGAAUCCAGAUUAUUCCAAAGGAGCUAUAUCGCUUUCGGUGGGAUUCUAAAGAUUCUUUUUCUCAAUGAUUUUGAUUGCAAAUCUACUCUUUCUCAUCUACUGGGCUAUAAAAUUCCAGUAGGAACUUAGAUCUAAGUUUAGAGAAAAACUAACAAAAAUCUAUCUAGCAGUAUUCUUAUGUUUCAAUAGAGAUAAACUUAAAAAAGAAUUCGAAGAAUAUAAAAUCAAAGAGAUGAAUCUAACAUAUGAAGACAAAUUCUUGAAGUACCUUUAAGUUAUCAAGGAUUUGAGAAAAACUGGCAAAUUUGUCUUAAACAAGAGAGCCAUAGAGAGAAUAAGAAUUUAUUUUGGGAAAGAAGCGAUUGAUAAAUUGCUCAGGAAUCAAAGAGUUGUAAAUAACUAAUAAAGAAAGGCAAGAAUCAUAAAUGACUUAAAAUCAAAAUAAAUGUAAAAGAAAAAGUCGUUUAAUUCGAAUGAUUAGAAAUCAAUUGAUGAAUAAUUAGAGGAUGAAUUAACUAUUCGAACAGAUGAUUAUUCUGAUGAACUUAAGGACUAUUUCCUUUCAAUGUAAUCAUCUUAUAAUAUUAAGAAACCCAGAAAAAUAUCUGAUUAUAGCAAGUAAAGAUCUAACAAUAUUAAAAACAACAAAAUAUAAUUUCAACCAAGUUUUAAGUCCGACUAACUUCAUUACAUAAAUUAAGAAUCUCUUAAGUCUGGAAUAAAGCUAACUAAGAGCAUUUCUAACUUAAAGAAUCUAAAUAAUGCAUUUUAGCCAUAAAAACAGAAAGCUCAAUCACCAAAUAUAGUUGGCUUUUUCUCUACUAAGACAUCUUUUCUCAAUAAAUAAUAAAAAACAGAGAAAUAGCCUCAAUUAAAACAGAGUUUUUCCAAUGACUAGUUGGAAAGUAGAUAAGAAAAUUUACUUUAAGAAGAGACCAUUUUUUAAAGCUAAAAUGAUGAAAUUAUAUCAAAUUUCUCUGAUGAUAAUGAAAACGGUUUCAAUUUGAGGAAAACAAAAGUUUAAGAGUAAGAUUGGUUAAGACUUGAAAAUGAAAUACUUUAAAACUAGAAAUGCAUUUUUAUCAAAGAUAAUAAAGCUAAUAUCAAUUAAAAUCAUAGACAACAUCUUUAAAAGAAAGCUUAGAACUAUAACAGUAUGUGGUCAUUAAAGCAAAGCAGUCAAAAUAAACGUAUCAAUCAAUCCAAAGAAUCUUAAGACUAGCAUCAAAUUCGAAGAAACACCACUAACUAUCUUAGAAACAGUACAUAUAAUGUAGAUGAAAUAGAUAUUAAUAAAGUUUUUCUUGAUUCUCAAUUAACAGACCCAGAUCAAUUAGGAAUAAAUGGAAUGCAGAAAACUCAAGAUAAUGAGGAGAUCAAGGAAAAUAUAAUAGAUUUUACUGAUAAUAGGGAUGAUAUAAAUAAUGAAAAUAGUAUCAUGGAUUCAAAAUUAUAUUCAGAAGUAGCAUAUCAUUCUAGUAUUGAAGGCCAGACUGAACAAAAAGGUGUCUAGCAUUUUCAUAAAUUACAAACUAAGCUAACUAGUAGAUUCUAUGAUAAGGUUUAACAAAUUAACUAAAUUGAGAAUAAAAAUGAAGGUGAUGUAUAAAUCAGCAUUCAAUUUCAGCAAAAUCAAAAUGAUAAUUAAGUAACUGAUGAGAAUAGAUUAUAAACAGAAGAGUUAUGUGAAUUUGAUUAAGUUGAUGAAUAGCAAAAUAAUCAUAAUUAGUGA